AUGGAGGAACAAGAGAAGGUUUUAGAUCUGAUUUCAAGAUUGAAGAGUAUCACAAAUCAAAUGGUUGACUAUGAUGAGAAGUUGAUUGAACAGAAAUUGUGUGAGAAGAUUUUGAGAUCUUUACAUCCCAGGUUUGACUACAUUGUAUGUGCCCUUGAAGAAUCCAAAGACAUUUCCACAUUAAGUCUUAAAGAGUUGCAGGGAACUUUAGAAGCAAGAGAGUUGAGAAUGGAGGAAAGAAGUAGAUGGUCUGGUAAAAGAAAGCAAAAGAAGAAAGAUGAGGAUGAGGUAUAUGUUGCUCAAGAAGAUGAUUCAGACUCUGAAACAGUCUUGUUGAUGGCUACCACAAACAAAGAACGUUCUUCGUCAAACUCAAAAAUAGUCUUGUUAAUGGCUACCACAAGCGAAGAACAUUCUUCGUCUCAAUUCUGGUUUCUUGAUACUAGAUGCUUCAAUCACAUGACAAGUUACAAAGAAUGGCUGGUGGAUAUUAAUGCAACAAGAAGAAGCAAGAUUAAGUUUGCUAAUGAGUGUACUUUGGAAGCUAAAGAAGCUGGCAACAUCGUGAUCAAAAGAAGAAAUGGCAAAACAGUGGUGAUUGAAAAUGUGAUGUAUGUGCCAGGAAUGAAAAGCAAUUUGCUGAGCAUAGAUCAGCUUAUUCAGAAAGGAUUUCAAGUGAUUAUGAAGGAUGAUGUUGUAGAAAUGUAUAGCAGCCAAAAGAACUUGAUACUAAAGGCAGUGAGCUCAGUUGAUGAGGAUUGGUUGUGGCAUGCAAGGUUUGGUCAUCUGAAGUUCAGGAGCUUGCAUCAACAAGGAUCAAAGAAGAUGGUCAGUGGCAUUCUUAUGAUUGAUGUCCCUGAGAAGACCAAAGAUGAAGCAUUUGAAAUGUUCAAGAAUUUCAAAGUGAAAGUUGAAAAACAAAGUCAAAAAACUAUCAAAGGGCUACGGAUAGAUGGAGGUGGUGAGUAUACAUCACAUGAGUUUGAGGAAUUAUGUGUCAAGCAUGGAAUUGAACAUGAAGUGACUGCCCCUUACACACCUCAACAUAAUGGAUUGGCUGAAAGAAGGAACAUAACCAUCCUAUACAUGAAUAGAAGUAUGUUAAAGGGAAAGGAAUUGCCACACAAGCUAUGGGGUGAGGUUGCAUCAAUUGUUGCAUACAUCAUAAAUAAAUGUCGAACAAAGAAGCUGCCAAAAAAGGUUUGGAGUGGAACGAAACCAACAAUAGGGCACUUGAGAAUAUUUGGUGGUCUAUGUUUCAACCAUGUGCCUGACUAG